AUGAUUUCCUUGCAAUGUUUGUCACGUCGAGGCGUACCGCCCCCAGAUCUUCGCCUUCAUACUCCCUUAGAUGACACGUCCUCGGUGCUCCCCACUCCACCACCCCUCCUUUUGCCUGGUCCACGAAGUCCUGGCUUGUUCGGUCCUAUCACGACUCCCUCGUUCUUCGCAGCCUCGCAACUGAGAAACGAGUCCACUGCGCGUACGGCCGUACUAGUAGAUUCUGCUGCCACGUAUCCGCUAACCCGAAUUUACUUGUAUGGAUCGGAAGAACUGGUCAAUACGGUCACAUGGACACUACGUUCUGCAUGCCCCUUGGAUCGAUUCCGAGCAAAGGAUGGUUCAUUCCAUCGGAUAUGGAUAUUGACUGGUUCAAUCAAUGAAUGGGAAAAAUGCAGUCUUUCGGUGUCGGAUCAGUCAGGGGAACCGUCACUCAGUGUCUGUGAUACCAUGGGCCUAAUGUCUAGUCCGACCGAUCGAAAAGUGUUUGGCACCUCACACAUGUCUGCAUUUUCGGCUCCAAUUGUCAACACUCCGGACGACGCACCUGAAUCGAGCUGUAGCGGUCACGGCACAGGCAGAUCAUCGGAUCGUCCUCACUCCGAAGCACCCAGAUCGUACACAUGGAACAUUGACUGGACCUCGUUUUCACCCGCCUACUGCCUCCCGAUUGUCCAACACUUACUGGGUGCGGAUUUCCCGGAAAUAUUGGUGGUAACACACUGUGUCCCGCCUAGAUCCGCACAGCUCGUGGCCGCCCUGGUACCAAUAAUGGAAGAGGUUUCACAUUCGGCAUCCGAAACAGAUCCGUGCAUUCCGGGACCUGUUCGUCGUCCGUUGUUUCUCCCACCUUCUGUUACAGCUCCGACCGCCAUCAAAGCGGAACCGAACUCUCCGAAACAAUCGGUGGCUGUAAAUUCGUUCACGCGUUUAUCUCCUGCCUAUGUUCAUCUGUUAGUCCUUGUCACAGUGCUUCACGAAAAGGCAUUAUCUAGUGAAUUCUACUCCGUUUACGGCUCUUCCGACGUGGGACGGGAUGAUGACGUUGCUUCUGCUGAACAUCGGGUACUAACACCAAGUCCCCAUAAUGUUCCGCUCGAUUUGGAACCAGCGCCAAACUCGCCUUCGCUACAGCAACAGGUUCUUCGAACUGCCGGAUCGGACCAUUUGAAUGUUCCUCUACGCUCCACCACAUCUGAUUUUUCCGUUCACUCACGUAAUCCGGUUUCUGGCGUCAGUUUUGUCGAAUUACCUUGGUUACCUGUCAGCCCGUCACAAGAAUGGUGUCAUUCGCGGCAUACAGCUUCACGCACAGAUGGCGUUCAACGUGCACCAAACUGUAGUUUGAUUCCCUCCGCGCAUACAACGCUCGUAUCUCCGGUACCCCUCUCCUCCACCUCUUCUUGGAACGUUACUCCUGCUUGCUCCGGCCAUCACAACGAAACUCAAGGUGCACCUCCAGCUUGUACAUGUGAAUCCACUCUAACCGUGAUGCAUAAUUCCAGUGAACUGACAUCCUCCGUGGAGGAGUACUAUGCUGAAUUGCCAAAAAUUUCCCAGUCCGAGGUUCGUGGAUUAGAACGAUGCAUCCGACGUCUAAAUCGACCGAAACGUCCCCGUCCUCGAACCUUUUCCACCAAUUCACAUUCCUCAUCCUCACCCCCGUCUCCGGCCGUUCCUUCAAGUUCUACCUAUCCUGUUGUGGCGUGUCGAGUUCCGUCGAAUCACGCAAGUCGAGUACCCAGUUCGGCCACACUACCCUAUCCUCCCAUGACCAGCGAUUCGAAUGGACUGCCUCCAUUGUUGGAUCAGUUGGAAUCUGAAGCAGCAAUUUACGCUGAAGUUAACGAUGCGCUUCUACCCGAAUCCCGUUGUUCUUAUCCACCAUCUCUCUCCCGAGCAGUUCAUUCUAACAAUGGCGUAUCAGGUGAUCCAUAUGAUACACCGUACACCGCUUACAGCUAUUAUCCAUGUCUCUCGAACGCACAUCGUCGUUUAUCCCAAUCAGUUACUGCUGUUCAGUCCACACACCAUUUGCGAUGUCCCAGGGGUACGGGUGAUUGUGUGAUCUUUACACCUAGUCCUUCCACUUUGGAGAAGUCUUCUCUGAAUCCACCUUUUGUUUCCCGACCCUUACCCACGAUUGUCGAUUGUGAAUCCGUCCCGUGCUCAUCGUGUUGUAACCACAGUUCUUCACCGAUCAGCUCCUCUCAUCGACCCAGAAUACCACACAAUUCCGCCGUUCACUUACCUAAUGCGAGUCCAGCAAACUUGGUGCAUACCCCUUCUGACUCAGAUCCCCUAUCACACCCGACACAGCCGUCCGUUGUGAUGUCCUCAGAUUUCACCACACCUCAGUCCACUACAGAUCCCUGCGUAUCUCAAAAACUUAUGCGCCCUUCUUUAUCGGCUCUCAAUAAUCUUUCGGCGGCCAUUCGCCGACACGGGAUCUGGUUCCGACAUUCCAUUUCGUGGCGUGCACGAAAGCAAAGUAAGUUAUUCCUUGUAUUUAUUUUGUGGUACGUUCGUCGUGGAUUACUUUUCUCUUAA